UCGGUGACGCGGUUUCAUUCCGUGAACUAAUGAAUGUGCCAUUUAAACCCCCGAUAUCAUGUCAGUGAUAAUGGAGAUUAUGCAAAAACAAAUGUGACAGGUAGGCACGCUUGCGAAGCCAAGAUUUUGCGUUAGUUUUCACUUUCGACAAUAGUCUGCGCCAAUCAGAGUCUACGUCGGAUUACACACACGUGACGUAGACCUGAUCUUAAUCUGCAUACCUUGCAAACACAAACAGUCUCCAAUAACAGAGCAUGCAACAUAAACAAGCACACACUUUACCAUUACCCGGACCCAAAUUAUCAAGCCCACAGAUGUUUUUAUCGCUUACAGUUAGAUUUUAUCUUAUCAAUGAAAUAGAGUGCAUGGUAUCAGUUACGGCGCGGUGUCGAAGCUAGCAUCAUGUACCCGGGCCCGCGCCACCGCGGCGGCGUGCGGCUGUACUUCGCCGUCGUGCUCAUCGUGGCCACCGUCGGCUUCAUGUACGCCGUCCUCCCUACCAGGGUCACGUACGAUUACACCAAGCAGAUGGACAACAUAUUAUUCCAGUUCAACGUCACACCACAUCAACCAAUGAAGUUCAUUCUGCAGUGGGCACCGAGAUAUUCUCCAUUCGACGUGAUGCGAGAAGGCCAAGAAGCGUUUUUCAAGCUCGACUGCGAAUACAAAAACUGCUUCGUGACAGACAACAAAUCGUUUUUUGAUGACAUCAAAAAUUUCGACGCCAUCGCUUUCAGUGGCAACCACUUGCCGAAUGCGAAUGACCUGCCUGCGCAGAGGUCUGCCAGUCAGAAGUACAUCUUCGGAGCGACGGAGUCGGCGCACAACUACCGGGUGUGCGACCCAGUGUUCGAUGGGUUCUUCAACUGGACGUGGACUUACAGACUGGACUCGGACGUCCGGUGGGGAUACAUAACAAUUUACGACUUGAACGGCAAGAAAGUAGGCCCCAAAAGGGAUAUGACGUGGCCAGAACUGGCACCAGUGAGUGAUGAGUUUAAAAAGAAGUUGGACAGUAAAAGUAAAGUGGUGGCGUGGUUUGUGUCUCAUUGCAACACGUUGAGCAAGAGAGAGAGUUUUGUGAGGCAGUUGCAGCGUGAAGCAAAGACUAAGUACGGUUGGACGGUGGACGUGUACGGUUCGUGCGGGACGCUGAAGUGUCCGAGACAAAGCAGUUCGCAUUGCUUCGACAUCCUCCAGAGGGAUUACUACUUCUACCUGUCGUUCGAGAACUCUUUCGCGGAGGACUACGUGACGGAGAAGCUGCUGAACGCAAUAAACAACGACGCUGUGCCGGUGGUAUAUGGAGGCGCUAACUAUUCAAGGUUCCUCCCGCCCGGCAGUUACCUGGACGCGCGGGAGCUGGGGCCUGCGAAGCUAGCGGAGACCAUGGACGCCAUCUACAGGAACAAGACGCGGUACUACGAGUUCUUUAGAUGGCAAAACCACUUCAGGUACAAAGAGACCUUCGAACCGGAUGUGUGCAACCUAUGCGCUGCACUGAACGACGCAGGCGCAGUGAGCCGGCGCACCGAGUACCAGCACUUCCGGCGCUGGUGGAACGACGAGCAGUGGAACGGGCAGGACUGUGGGCAGGACACUGACAACUCACUGCGCCGCGGCUCACUGUGGUCAAUUUUCAAACUUUAGCGGUAGAAAAUUCAACUUUAUCAAUGUGAAGUGGUAAUCCGAAAAAUAAACGAUAUUUCUAUUUUAGGGUUAGUUGUUUACAUUAUAAAGAAAUAUCAUCAGUGUACUCUUAUCGGUUUCUAAGAUUCAUUAAUUUAAAGUUAAAUAAUUAUAAUCUGUGUGUUGUAGUAUUUCUAUUUUAACAUAGACGGAUUUGUGCGAGUUUUCUUUUGUUAUUUGCUAAAUACUUACCUAUCCAAUAGUGAGUUGAGUUAGUAAAAAAAUUAGUUAGUGAUAACUGUGACAAGCACAUAGAUUAUUGUAUGAUCUGGAAGACUACUUACAUUAACUGUUCAUAUUUUCAGUUAUUUAUUUCUUUUACGUCUAAGUAAAAUAGGAUAAAAUAAAAAAUAUUGUACAGGGUUCGGUGCUAUUUUCCUGUAGUUUUAGUUUUAUAAUACCAUUGUACUUGUAAAUAACUCUUGUAGUGGCAGAGCAAACAAAAAAAUGAGUUAAAACUAGGCUUUCUAAAGUGUACUUACCUACCUACUUAUGUAGCAGUUUUACCGUGGCAUAGCCACUAUUAGACAUAAUAAUGACAAUUACUGUAAAAUAUUACGCUUUACGAAGUGGCUCAUGUAUGUACUUACCUACUUAAUCUAUUGAUUUUUCUAUUGUGGGUAGGUGCGAAUAAGGUGGGAAUGACACAUUCUUUUAUCAGUGAAUACCUUCCUAAAGAUAAUGUUUUAUUGAUUGUUAGAUUAUAAUAACUAUUGUUAUUUUAUAGAUAAAGCAAGUAUUCUGUCGUGUUCGUUUGUAUCAUGUCAUAGUCAUUUGUUAACAUGGCCAUUUUAGUUUUAAGGUAAACCACGCCAAUGUCCUAUGAAUAAAAAUCGUUUUCUACAUUUUUUUUUAAAUAAAAUGACUUAAAAAAUCA